CUUGAUAAAUAUGCAGGGUUUCUUUGCCAGUAGUAAAGCUACUAGCUCAAAGCAGGCUGGGUGACCUCAGAUGGCUCCACUGGGACGCGAGAGGCACUGAAGCCCUGGUGAAAACGGUGCUGUCACUGCCCACUCAAAGGGCCACCUAUCAAUGCGCCACGUGCCACCCCCUGGAGCGCACACAUGUGCGUGCACACACUUGUUCGUGUGUGCAUGUGUCCACCUCCCCCGGGGGCCGAGGCCAAGACGGGCAUCCCACAUCAGAUGGAUGAAUAGCAGGUCUGUCCUGCCAGCUGUGUGCUUGCUCCCACCCAAAGAAAGCGGCAGAGACUCAGACAGCGAAGCUUGGACGAGCCCACGCAGUCUGCUCCCGGCCCUCGGUGCGUGUCAAGAGACUUGAGGGCAGUGAGAUGGCGUCAGAAAGAGAAAUCAUCGACCUCCAACCUGGCAAUUCCAACCCCCGGAGGAGCCCGCCCAUCAACCUGAACCACUACGCCACUAAGAAGAGCGUGGCGGAGAGCAUGCUGGACGUGGCUCUGUUCAUGUCCAACGCCACGCGGCUGAAGGCAGUGCUGGAGCAGGGGCCGACCGCUCCUUACUACACCACCCUGGUCACCCUCAUCAGCAUCUCCUUGCUCCUGCAGGUGGUCAUCGGCAUCCUGCUGGUGGUCAUUGCACGGCUGAACUUGAACGAGGUGGAAAAGCAAUGGCGACUCAACCAGCUCAACAACGCGGCCACCACCUUGGUCUUCUUCACCGUCGUCAUCAACGUUUUCAUCACCGCCUUCGGGGCACACAAGAACGGGUCCCUGGCUGCCCGGGCCUCAAGGAAUCCUCUCUGAACACCGGCUGGGACCCAGCGACUGGGUCCAGCCCGGCCUCAGCCUCUCUCCUCGCUGACCCGCCAGGCUCACGGCACCGUCCACCGCCCCCGCAGAGCUUCUAAAAGGGCGGCGUGGACACCCUCGCUCCCUACCCACAGCGCCCGAAUUGAGAUGUGCUCUUUUUCUGCUGGUCCAAGUGAACUCCACCUUGCUCUGGCGUCCUGAGCUCAGACGCCGGUACCGCCAGCCGUACCUGCCUGGUGGCAUCUCCUGAGCCUGAGGUGUGUCUGCCUAAGGCCCAGGCCACCCAGCUUAGGGACUCUGGUUCUGACUCUACCCUAUUCCUUCCUUCUGCCGCAGGCCUCAGUUUUCCCUUCCUGUAAAAUGGAGUGGUUUCUAUCCAUAAAGGCUUCUGCAAAUGCA